CGCGGAGGGUGGCGGGAUCGGGGCGGAAGCGGCUGGAUCCGGCUCCCGAGGCGCCGCCCGCUGGGUUCUCCGCCCGCCGCCUCCCCUGACGGCGUCUCCCGCCCGCGUGGGGCGAUUCCUGCGGCCGCCGGGCCCGGGACCAUGAGCGUGGGCUUCAUCGGCGCGGGCCAGCUGGCCUGGGCCCUGGCGCGGGGCUUCACGGCCGCGGGCAUCCUUUCGGCUCACAAGAUCAUCGCCAGCUCCCCGGACAUGGACCUGCCCACGGUAUCCGCGCUCAGGAAGUUGGGGGUGAACCUGACCCGGAGCAACAAGGAGACGGUGAGGCACAGCGACGUCCUGUUUCUGGCUGUGAAGCCGCACAUCAUCCCCUUCAUCCUGGACGAGGUCGGGGCCGACGUCCAGGCCAGGCACAUCGUGGUGUCCUGUGCCGCCGGCGUCACCAUCAGCUCCGUGGAGAAGAAGCUGGCGGCCUUCCAGCCGGCCCCCAAGGUGAUCCGCUGUAUGACCAACACGCCCGUGGUGGUGCGGGAGGGCGCCACGGUGUACGCCACGGGCACCCACGCCCUGGUGGAGGACGGGCAGCUCCUGGAGCAGCUCAUGAGCAGCGUGGGCUUCUGCACGGAGGUGGAGGAGGACCUGAUCGACGCCGUCACCGGGCUCAGCGGCAGCGGGCCCGCCUAUGCGUUCAUGGCCCUGGACGCGCUUGCCGACGGUGGGGUGAAGAUGGGCCUCCCCCGGCGCCUGGCGAUCCGGCUGGGGGCCCAGGCCUUGCUGGGCGCUGCCAAGAUGCUGUUGGACUCGGAGCAGCACCCAGGCCAGCUCAAGGACAAUGUCUGCUCCCCCGGCGGCGCCACCAUCCAUGCCCUGCACUUCCUGGAGAGCGGGGGCUUCCGCUCCCUGCUCAUCAACGCCGUGGAGGCCUCCUGCAUCCGCACACGAGAGCUGCAGUCCAUGGCCGACCAGGAAAAGGUCUCCCCAGCCGCCCUCAAGAAGACCCUCCUGGACAGAGUGAAGCUGGAGUCCCCGACAGUGUCCACGCUGACCCCCUUCAGCUCCGGGAAGGUCCUCACCAGAAGCCCGGCCCCGGGAGGCAAGAAGGACUAAGGUAGCCCUGCCCCUUGGUGACGGGGCCCUCGCCCGAGGGGCCGGGCAGGGUGAGGGCAGGCUCAGCCGUCUUCAGAUCCUGGUGUAAAAGCUCCUUAAAUCUGUUCAGACCAAGCAGCCCUCGGUGGCAGGGGCGGUAGAUGCUAGAAGCCAGGUGAAUCCCGCACAUUCCCACUUGGUCCCCCAAUGGGAGCCCAGAGCAGCGUCAGUGUGGUGCCACGUCGAGGUGAGGGGCGCAACACACGACAAGGGCAUCCUCUUUGCAUGAGCGCGAGCAGCUUGGAAUUGUCCGCAGCAGGAACGCACAGGGUGGCUGUGCUGCAUUGAGGAAGUAUGAUUCGGUCCCGCCAAGUUUAGCCGCUUUAAUAAAGUUUUAUUUUUUAUUACCCCC